AUGAAUCCUCCUUCUACAAAGGUCUCCUGGGCCACCGUGACGCUGCUGCUCCUGCUGCUGUUGCUGCCGCCUGCACUGCUGUCGCCCGGGGCGGCCGCGCAGCCUCUGCCCGACUGCUGCCGUCAGAAGACGUGCUCUUGCCGCCUCUACGAGCUACUGCACGGCGCGGGCAAUCACGCGGCCGGCAUCCUCACGCUGGGCAAGCGGCGGUCCGGGCCCCCGGGCCUCCAGGGCCGGUUGCAGCGCCUCCUGCAGGCCAGUGGCAACCACGCGGCCGGCAUCCUGACCAUGGGCCGCCGCGCAGGCGCAGAGUCAGCGCCGCGCCCCUGCCCCGGGCGCCGGUGUCCCGCUGAGGCCACCUCGUCUGUCGCGCCCGGGGGACGGUCCGGGGUCUGA